AUGCCACCAGACAGCCAGGCAGAACAGCACGACGUUGUCGAGCAAAAUGAACUCUUAACAAAUGAUCAUACUUGGCCCUAUGGCACAGACACGGCAACGGCUGAGAUCUUUCCAGCGGGUAGUUUCCAUUUAACUGGUUCGUCCUUUCAUGCAGGGGAUCUGAUUGACCCCCAGCUAUUGGAUGCGUCCGAUCUAUGUUUUUCGGGGGCCAGUUAUGAUGCCACCAACAUGGUGCCCGAGAUCCCGUCUUUCCUGGGCUAUGAAUUGGGAACCAAUAGUUUCCCUGCCUCCGUCGCAUCGUUGGAUGCUUUUUCCGAUAUGAUCAAUGUCUACUCCGGUGCGACGAGCCCCGGUACCGGUCUACCGCAAGACACACCCAAUACGCAACCCUUUGAGGGCUCGUCGUGGACUUGGGAAUCAAGUCCUGUUACCGACCCGAUUCCAGUCUCGCAACCGUCGCCUUUGGAAGAACCGGUUUCUGCAUCUCUGUCGCAGCAAAGACCCUUGCAUGCACCACGUACUAGAAGUGGACUGCCACGGCGCAGAAGUCGGUAUCUAGUCUCGCGGCCAGUCGAAAGAAGUGCUCCUAUUCAAGUUCCUUCAUCGAAAGAGAUGGAUCCCAUGCAGCGAUGGCAGGAAUCGCCGCCCGAGGAUGAACCGGCUUCCCUCACUGCAAUUAUGAACGCCAUGGACGAGAUGCCGGCUAAUCGCAGCCCGGGACAAGUGCACGGUAGUAGAACCAGCAAUGCCUUCAGACAUUAUCGUCAAUCAGCCUCGAUCACGAGCGGGGAAUUCAGUGCGUCGUCUGCUGACUCGGCAUGCUCAUCGGCCGGGCGAUCGACUCCUCAGAGCGGUUGCAGCCGGCGAUCAAAGGGACGUGUUGCUAAGAGCAAAGCAAAGCCGUGGAACGAUUCAAAGCCGCGGAUAUUCUGUUGUACCUUUUGCUGCGACCGCUUCAGGAGCAAGUAUGAUUGGGUACGACAUGAGAAGUCGUUACAUUUGAACUUGGAAACGUGGUAUUGCGCCCCCUUGGGGCCGUCAGUGUUCUUAGAGACAACUGGCCAAGAACACUGCGCAUACUGCAAUGUCCCGAACCCGUCUCGCAAGCACCUUAUCGACGAACAUAAUUAUCAAGAGUGCCAGAAUCUUUCAAACGCCUCGCGAGUAUUCCGACGGAAGGAUCAUCUAGUACAGCACCUCCGCCACGUCCACCAAGUCAACACCGUCCCAUCCAUCGACGAAUGGAAGAAGGAAUCCAAGAAUAUCACCUCAAGAUGUGGAUUCUGCGAUCAAGCUCUACAUGAUUGGGACGAACGCACCGAGCAUAUCGGUGAUCACUUCCGUGCCGGAUUGACUAUGAAAGAUUGGCAAGGCGACCACGGCUUCCCGCCAUCCAUCACUGCACAACUAAGAAAUGCAUUCCCACCAUACCUCAUCGGCGCGGAAUCCAAGAGCAUGAUCCCCUUCUCCUCGACCAACGCGCAUGUCCGCGAUCACUAUGCGCAAAUGUCGGCUCGAGUCGACGCCUCCAAGGGAGAUCUCAAUACCAGUCAGGACUCUGUCGCGGCUGGUGCGCCGGAUGCUACAAUGUCGCAGCUCGAUAACUUUUUGGGAAACUUCACGCGUCACUUGGGUCAAUUUGCGAGAGAACAGAUACAGAAGGGGAUUAUUCCUACGGAUGAGAUGUUUCAGCAGGAGGCGCGGAGAGUGGUUUUUGAUUGUGGGGAUGAGUGGGAUCAGACUAUUGCUGAUAAUCCGCAAUGGUUGUCUUCGUUUAAGCAGUUACAUUGUGAGAGUCCGGAGGAGGAGAAUAAUGGUUGA